AUGCUGCUACCGCUGCGCCACCUCAUGAGCUUCUCGGUACGCAGCUUCGAGGCUCCAUUGGCCGUGGAACAGGUGAGCGUCUGUCUCUCAAGCCGCUUUAAUCGUCACGUGCAUCCAGACCCCUCUAUUGAGCAACAGAAGGCGAAGAACUGGGAAGAGCUCAAACGCCAGACGCCGAGAUUGUUCAAUGCCACUAAGUUCCGCCUCCACGGACUAGUAGAGGAUCAUCGCUCUUCCUCACUGCAAAUGAACUGGGGACUGACCGACUAUGCGUCGUAUCUGGGCACGUGCUGCUCAUCACUGGCCCCACAACUUUUGGAAGAUGGCGAGAAGCUACACAGCGAUCGCUUCGCCUUCCUGUCCAGGAAAGUGGGCGUCGCAGCGGUACUGGAGACCAAAGACGGCCACGUAGCGCUCAUCAAGCGCAGUAAGAGUGUUGGUCUCUACCAGGACCUGUACGAUACACCAGGGGGACACCCCGAACCGUCUAACAUCCAUUUGACGGAGGACAACAUGCAGACACUGGAGGAUAAAGGCAACGAGCUCAAGAGAACGCAGCUGGAGGAUGCAGCCAAGCAGGAAUUCUUUCAGUCAAUUGUGAACGAAGUCCAUGAAGAAGUGAACUUGGCGCCGCAGCAACAACAGCCGCCGAUGCUGAUGGGCGUCGUGCUGCAGACCGACUCCUGUACUCCCAGUUUCUCGUUCCAUAUCAAGACAGAGUGCUCGGCGAGGGAGUUGAGGGAUCUGUAUCGAGCUGGACCAUCGGACAACAUUGGGCUGGUGACGUACCAAUUGGAACAUGGCAGCAUUCGUAUGGAGAAGAAUGCUGCCUUCGUUGAGGAGAUUUACAAGGCGGUCAAGGCGUCGCAAGAGUUCCGCAACUUCUUUCAGGGCAAAAAGGUUGUCAUCGUUCUUGAUAACGCUCCUGCCCACCGACAGACAGAGGAUCGAGUUACCGAGCACGAAGACAUGGAGCUGUUACGGCUAGGGCCGUACUCCCCCAUGUGCAAUCCGAUCGAGGGCUGUUUCAGUGUGUUAAAGGCAAACAUUAAGAGACACUUAGCAAUCUACCGCGAGGAAAUAUGCGAUCGCAGCCGUCAACUGGACAACAACGGAGACGUGAUGACGCUAGCUGGAAGACAGAUGCGCGUUCUGGAGAGGGCUGCUAAGGCGGAAAUGAAGUGCAUGACAUCGGUCCUGGUGUCUCGUAUGGAGCUUCACUGUAGCAAGGCUGUCAACGCUGCUGCUGAAGGAAUAGCUAUGGUUUACGGUAAAUAG